AUGGCAUCGAAAGAAGUGAAAGCGCUCUCAACGAGUGUACUAGCGCUCAAGUUCAUGCACCGCGCGGAGGAAGCGAAAGUGCGGCAAAAGCUCGAAGAGGAGCAGAAACAGGCCGCGAAGGAGGCGCAGUGGGUGCUUGAAGGGUUUGGGUUUGAUGAGCGGGAUAGCGUGCAGUUCGAUUACGAUAAUAGCCACGUCCCGUUCAUGGAAUCCAGCUUUGGCCGCAAGUCCUUUGGAAGUUUCAAUAAGGAGAUUGAGAAACUAGACGAAGAAGCAACCAAAUCCGCCCGCCUAAAACGCGCGCAAGAAGUCGAAGGCCGCGAAUCCGUCUCGGCACAAGAAAUGGUCGACCGGUUCCAAACAAUAGGCGCCUCCAAAUCCAGUAAACGCAAACGGCCCGCCUCCGCCCAAUCCGAAAGCGGUGACACCCCCCCCACCGGCAAACGGGCAGCAACGACGACGACGAACGCGGCGCGAGAGGGACCGGGGACGGCGACGCGGUUCAGGGGAAGUGCGAAACGGGCCGAGGAGGCGAGGGUACGGGGGGAGGUGGAGGACUUGAGUGGGGGGAAGAAGGCGGGGUUUUUGAGGCCGGAGUGA